UGCAUGCAUAUUAGCCACACCGACAAGCAAGUUCGAGUCGUCACCGCGCCGACUAGACCGCUUUUAAAAUAAAAUCGCGACUGACUCUCGAGAGUAUUUCCAUUAAAUACAUGUCUAUAUUAUUAGUAGUUUAAGAACGGACAAACUGUGUGGGUGUGCGAAAUCGAAUUUAACAGUAUGAACGCGAUUUGGCUAUCGUUAGCGAUAAUAUUUGCAAUUACUAUCGGGACACAAUGUGAACAACCACCUUGUAAUUAUUUUGCUACGGCCGAAUUAAAUAAUGGAACGUAUCUUGGACACACAUUUAAUAAAAGCGAAUUGUAUAUUGGUGAAAAUGGUGAAGAGAGGGCUUGUGUAUGUCUCAACGGACGUCGAUGCAUUAGAAAAUGUUGUCCUUUCGGCUUGUACUAUAAUCUAACAACGAAGGAAUGUGUUGAAUUUACUAGUCCUAAUUAUACUGACCCAUUGGUGGCUUAUCAAGAUGAUGUUCAAGCAAAUUAUGUUUUUUUAUUUGGAAGAAUGACCUGUGAUCCGGAGAAAGAGCGAAGAUAUCUAAUGUAUCCAAAUAUCCCGGAUUUUAAUUUGACUAAGGAUGGAAUGCUGUAUUUGAAUGUAGAUGAUCCGCCCCGGACGUUUACUUAUGAUGCGAGCAAAUACUGUAUCGACACGUUCGUCUCGGACACUGAGGGCCCACACCUCAAUGCCCUCUACUGCUACGUCCUCACGAAGGAAAAUGACAACAAGUAUAUUAUGAGCAGUAGUUGUAUGCUGAUAUCCUGUUUCUUCAUUCUCCUGACGGUGGCAGUCUACGGAGGUUUGCCAGAACUGAGGAACCUUCAUGGCAUGGUGCUGAUUGCACACCUACUCUGUUUAUUCGUCGGUUUCCUCAUCCUUGCCACCAUGCAGAUCCUCAUCCUAUUCGAAGAGAUGACUCAAGAAAUGUGCGUCGUUCUAACUUUCUUCGUGUACUUCUUCCUUCUGGCAGCAUUCUUCUGGCUAAAUGUGAUGUGCUACGACAUCCGAUGGACGUUCAGCUUGGGUGUACGGUAUCAAUCGUUAGCCUCGCGAUCCAGUAUUGGAACCUCUGGCGACGGCCAUCGGGUAUCCUGUGGAAUUUCUGAUGAAUUGGAUAUCUGGAUGUUCGACCCUGCCCGGCUGGAGAUGCCUAACACAUUGGGUUGCAAACGAGGUCGUGGCGGCAAUGGUUCACAAAACAAGAAGUUUGGCUAUUAUUCCAUCUAUGCUUUUGGAGGACCAACGAUCCUGACCAUUCUUUUGGCAGCACUCGAAUUCUCGAAUUUUCAUCCGAAUGGUCUAAUUAUGCCUAAUCUUAGGACACAAGGCUGUUUCUUAACCGGAUCCAGCAAAAUAUUGUACUUUUAUGGACCGAUUUUUAUCCUCUGUGUCGCAAAUCUGAUAUUCUUCACUAUGACUGCCAUGAGAAUAGCGAAAUCUAAAAAAGAAUCCAAAAUGUUGCGAGGCAGUGAGAGUUCCACACACGAUGCGAACAGAAAGCAUACUCAAAGGUUCACUGUCUACGUCAAGUUGUUCAUUGUCAUGGGCAUCAGCUGGAUGUUAGAAGUGAUCAGCUACUUGGUCCCUCAGGCUGACGCGGUUUGGUGGGUGACUGACGCUUACAACGUACUCAUCGGCCUAAUCAUCUUCAUUAUCUUCGUCUGCAAGAAGAAUACUUGGAUCAUGAUCAAGAAGAGGUUUAACGCAGAUAGCACAUUAAGCUUGAAAACCGUUGGGACAACGGAUGGAGAUAGGAGUUUAAGAAAGAAAGAUUCUGCUAAUAUAAAUUAGUCAGUAGUCAUUCGAACAGAAGAACAGAGUAGAAGAUAACAACAAGAAUCUCCUGUACUGACAGAAGGAACCAGAUAAUUAUAAGACAAUAAUAAUAAUUAUGUAAUUUUUAUUUUUCCACCAUAUAAGUACAGAAUUAUGUCUCAAACCUAAGUAUAUGUUAUAAAUAUAGGGUGACUGGUAAUUAGUGAACGAUAUUUAAACACAUGAUUGUACUCGCGAUUACAAACAAAAUUCCCAAAGAAACUUUUUUUUUGUAUAUUCGUUUACCACACAUUCUCACAGAUCAGCUAUUACAUCUUCGUAGCAUAGCUACAUAGCACAUGUGGUGGAAAAGCACCCUUAGCCUCGAGGUAUUAAAAACUUGUUUAAUUGUAACUAUUCGAUCAGAAAUAAUAUUUUAUUAACAUAAGGUCUUUUAAUAUUAAAAGAAAAACACAAUCGUGUAUAUAUUUUUUAAUAUUCGAUUCUAUUGCUCUUCGCUCGCUCACGGCAUGUAGAUAUUCAUAUCACAAUCUUUGAAUGCCAGAUGGUUCGUGUAUGAUCUAUAACAUAUGUGUGUACAGUAUACACACUUCUGCACAUCAAGCUAAGCAAAACCAGUAUAAAAUGACCGCCGAAUCUGUGGAAAGUUCAUACAAUGCGAGAUCAUGAUAAACUGGUUCUGUAUAGCUCAGUGUUGUCGGUAGCAAUAUGGAGAAAGUGUAGGUGUAUUGGUAUUACAAAUCUUUUUAAUGUCAACGUAUUUGGACGUGGAAAGUGUAAGAGACAUGUUUCGACACGAAUGGGCUGGCUCGACCGGAGUGGUGCCAUGGCCUUACAGAAAAUGGGAAUGAAAAAACACGGAGUUGUGUUUCGUUGCUUGAGUGAAUUUAAUGGAGACCGGAUUUUUCUCCUCCCUACUCCAUUUUUUUUUCAGGGGGGAAAGUCAUCCAAUGACAUGUCACCCAGGCGAGAGGGAGUGUCAGACUUUUACUGACUGUAAACGUUUCUACGCCUGUUUGUCGAGUCGGAGCCCCGAUAAUCCGCUAGGUAGUCCGCAGCUCCGGAUCUCCCUACUUCCUAAUUCCCCAAUCCUCAAAUACAUAACCCUAAAAGGUAAAAAAUGCAUUCAUAACUCCUCUGGUGUAUCCAUGAGCGACGCGUGUUGCUUACCAUCAGGUGAUCCGUCCUUAAGUUUGGCAGUCUAACUAUACUAUAAAAAUACUAAAAAACUAAAAUGUUUACUCCAAAAAUACUUCAACUAAAAUAAAGUGUAAAAUAAUUCAUUUUAAACUCAAUUGUGAGCGACUUAAAGUAGAAAUUUGCAUUUUAUUCAAAAAUUAACUGGCUAUAACUUCAUUAUUGUUAAUUUGAGGAAAGGUAGGGCUGUACUGUUCUUCGUUUUUAAGUUUUUUUCUUUUUCUUUUAUUGGAGUAAAAAACUUUUGCUGUGUAUUUAAAUAUUGAAAAAUCAUAAACUCAUAUAAAAAUAUAUAAAUAAUAAACAGAAAUUGUCAUGUUUAUUUUAAAAUAAAUGUUACUUUGGCUCUUA